AUGCCGAGCCGGCCCGAGGACUACGAGGUGCUGCUCACCAUCGGCGCCGGCUCCUACGGCAAGUGCCAGAAGGUGCGGCGCCGGGCGGACGGCAAGGUCUUAGUUUGGAAAGAGCUCGACUAUGGCUCCAUGACAGAAGCCGAGAAACAAAUGCUUGUUUCGGAAGUGAAUCUACUCCGGGAGCUGAGACACCCAAACAUUGUCCGGUAUUAUGAUCGCAUCAUUGACCGAACCAACACGACCCUGUACAUCGUGAUGGAGUAUUGUGAAGGCGGUGACCUGGCUAGUCUCAUUGCAAGAUGUACUAAGGAAAGACACUACUUAGAGGAAGACUUUGUUCUCCGCAUGUUGACUCAGUUGACCCUGGCCUUGAAGGAAUGUCACAGACGGAGUGAUGGUGGCCACACUGUGUUGCACCGUGACCUAAAACCAGCAAAUAUCUUUCUAGAUAGCAAGCACAAUGUGAAACUUGGAGACUUUGGAUUGGCUAGAAUAUUGCACCAUGAUACCAGUUUUGCUAAAACAUUUGUUGGCACUCCAUAUUACAUGUCUCCAGAACAAAUGAACCGCAUGUCGUAUAAUGAAAAAUCAGACAUCUGGUCUCUAGGAUGCUUGCUGUAUGAGCUAUGUGCACUCUCGCCUCCGUUUACAGCUUAUAACCAAAAGGAGUUGGCAGAGAAGAUAAAAGAAGGGAAGUUCAGACGAAUACCAUAUCGAUAUUCAGAUCAGUUGAAUGAACUUCUUAAAAAGAUGCUGAAUUUAAAGGACUACUGUCGACCCUCUGUUGAAGAAAUUCUACAGAACCCCUUGAUAGCUGACUUGGUGGUAGAAGAGCAAAGAAACUCCUCUGAGAGGAAAGGACGAAGAUCAACAGAGCCAGAAAGGCUGCAGCAUUCAGGCACUGCAGUAAAUGAGCUGAAACUGAAGGAACAACACUUGCAGGAGAGAGAACGAGCCAUAAAAGAGAGAGAGCAACAACUGGAACAGAGGGAGCGGGAGCUAUGUGUUCGUGAGAGACUGGCAGAAGAUAAACUUGCUAGGGCUGAAAACUUGAUGAAAAACUACAACCUAUUCAAGGAACAGAGGAUAUUGGCAGGUGCAAAAAGCCCAGGUAAAGAUGAAGUGCUACUCCCCUCUUCAACAAGAAAGAAGAAGGUUCACUUUGGUGCAAGUAAAGAGAACACUGUAUCCAAUGAUAAUUUGGAGAAUUAUCCUCUCCCAAAAGAGAGAUGCUCUGAGCUGAAGAAACGCCUUUAUGCUGCUAACCUGCGGGCUCAAGCACUGUGUGAACUAGAAAAAAAUUAUCAACUAAAAAGCAGGCAAAUUCUGGGCAUGCGCUGA